GGGUUUCCUGUUGAGUGAACCGACGGCGUCAUGGCGGAGGCCGGGUGUCGGAGGAAGACACUGGAAUGAAAUGCCAUCGUUCUACUUUCACAGUUCAGCGACGAGUAUUAUAACUUGUGAAAAAGGAAAGGGGAAGCGGACUACAGUUUUCUGAAGUUUGGGCGUAAACAUUAUUAUACCAGUUCUUACCAGUGGGUAGUUUGUGGCUGCUCUCCCUUGGUGGGAGCUAGCAGCCUAACGUAGCUUGAGCUGGAACACCACGACUGAUAAAAGAAGCACACCUGAAGUGAGAGGAAGACUACAUAAAUAACCACUUCACAAGUUUCUCAGGUUAAUUACAUAGACCUGGGGGGGGAGUCUAAACAUCAGCAUGGCUGGGCGCAGCGAGGAUGAAAGUGUCAGCAAUAGCAGUGGAGAAUCAAGUAAUUCGGACGAUGAAUCCGGCUCUGGGUCUGGAUCAGGCUCUGGCUCCAGCUCAAGCUCCUCAAGCAGCAGCAGCCAAUCAGGGAGCAGCGCCUCAGGAAGUGGCUCGGACUCUGGCAGCCAGUCAGAUUCUGAUACAGAAAAAUCUAAAGAGAAGAUUGAACCACCAAAUAAGUCUAACAUUGAUGGAGCUGAGUUCUGGAAAUCCAAUCCAAGUAUCCUGGCAGUGCAGAGGUCUGCUAUGCUCAGGAAACAGCAGCAGCAACAGCAGCAACAGCAGAGACAAAGCUCCUCAAACAGUGAAUCUGAUGAGGAUUCAUCAAGCAGCGAUGAUUCAGACUCAUCUAGUGGAUCUAAAACAAGGAGAAAUUCUGGAUCCUCUGAUUCUGAGUCUGGCUCUGGAUCUGGCAGUGGGUCUGGAUCAGAUUCCUCUGCGGAAGAUAACAGUGAUGAAACUGCAUCAGAUUAUGAGCCCAGUCACAAAACAAAAAGCAAGAAACCCCCAUCGAAGGCAAAUUUUCGCAAUGGGAAGAAAAGCAGCACUCACAGAAAGAAACCUCAAAAGUCUUCAUCUUCUGAAGAUGAAGAGGAUAGCUACAAAAAGGCAAUGUCAGCUGGAUUGCGCCGACAGGCUACUGUCAACAUCAGCUACAAGGAGGAUGAGGAAUUGAAGACGGACUCAGAUGAUUUGGUUGAAGUUCUAGGUGAGGAUGUUCCACAACCGGAAGAAGACGAGUUUGAAACGCUGGAGAAAGUAAUGGAUUGUAGAAUAGGACGGAAAGGAGCCACAGGAAGCUCUACAACAGUAUACACUGUAGAAGAAGAGGGAGAUCCAAAUGCAAAUUUCAACCCAAACAAGGAGGCUGGUGACAUCCAAUAUUUGAUCAAAUGGAAAAACUGGGCUCAUAUCCACAAUACCUGGGAAACGGAAGAGACACUUAAGAUGCAAAAUGUCAAGGGAAUGAAGAAAUUAGACAAUUUUAAGAAGAAGGAACAAGAGAAAAAGAAAUGGCUUAAAUCGGCAUCACCUGAAGAUAUUGAGUAUUUUAAUUGCCAAGAAGAACUGAUGGAUGAUCUGCACUCUCAGUAUCAGCUAGUAGAACGCAUCAUAGGACAUUCAAACCAGAAAUCAGCAGCAGGUUAUCCAGACUACCUCUGCAAGUGGCAGGGUUUGCCCUACUCUGAAUGUAGCUGGGAAGAUGGUGCUCUUAUUGCCAAAAAAUUUCAGAAAUGCAUUGAUGACUACAUGAGCAGAAACCAAUCAAAAACCAUUCCCUCUCGAGACUGUAAGGUGCUGAAACUGAGGCCCAGAUUUGUACCCAUGAAGAAACAACCAUCCUACAUUGGAGGAGCAGAUGGACUGGAGCUACGCGACUACCAGCUGGAUGGUUUGAACUGGAUGGCACACUCUUGGUGCAAAGGCAACAGCUGCAUUCUUGCGGAUGAAAUGGGUCUUGGAAAAACAAUCCAGACCAUCUGUUUUUUGAACUACUUGUUCCAUGAGCACCAGCUCUAUGGACCCUUCCUACUUGUGGUUCCACUGUCCACCUUAACUUCCUGGCAGAGGGAAAUCCAACUCUGGGCACCUCAGAUGAAUAUUGUUGUCUAUCUUGGAGACAUUAGCAGUAGAAACAUGAUUCGAACUCAUGAGUGGAUGCAUGUUCACACCAAAAGAUUAAAACUCAACAUUCUUCUCACAACAUACGAGAUUCUUCUCAAGGAUAAGUCCUUUCUAGGAAGUGUUCCCUGGGCUUUUAUUGGAGUUGAUGAGGCCCAUCGUCUGAAGAACGACGAUUCCCUUCUUUAUAAAACCAUGAUUGACUUCAAGUCCAAUCACAGGCUUCUGAUCACAGGAACCCCCUUGCAGAACUCCUUGAAAGAACUCUGGUCCCUACUGCAUUUCAUCAUGCCAGAAAAAUUUCACUCCUGGGAGAGGUUUGAAGAGGAACAUGGGAAAGGAAGAGAUUCAGGAUACACCAGUCUGCACAAGGAGCUGGAGCCAUUUUUAUUGCGUAGAGUCAAGAAAGAUGUGGAGAAGUCUCUGCCCGCUAAAGUAGAGCAGAUUCUUCGUGUGGAGAUGAGUGCUAUUCAAAAGCAGUAUUACAAGUGGAUUUUGACAAGAAACUAUAAGGCCCUAAGUAAAGGGAUAAAGGGCAGCACAUCAGGCUUUCUGAACAUUAUGAUGGAGCUUAAGAAGUGUUGUAAUCAUUGUUAUCUUAUCAAACCUCCAGAGGAUGAAUUCAUCAACAGAGCUGAAGCUUUACAGCAUCUUAUUCGUAGUAGUGGGAAAUUGGUUCUUCUGGAUAAGCUACUGGUGCGACUAAAGGAGAGAGGCCAUAGAGUCCUUAUAUUCUCUCAGAUGGUACGGAUGCUGGACAUCUUGGCUGACUAUUUGCGCAGUCGUCAGUUUCUGUUUCAGCGACUAGACGGCUCCAUCAAAGGAGAGAUGAGGAAACAAGCCUUGGACCACUUCAAUGCUGAAGGUUCUGAAGAUUUCUGCUUUCUUUUAUCGACACGUGCUGGAGGUCUUGGUAUUAAUCUGGCCUCUGCUGAUACUGUUGUCAUAUUUGACUCUGACUGGAACCCUCAGAAUGACCUCCAAGCCCAGGCACGAGCCCACAGGAUUGGUCAGAAAAGACAGGUUAACAUCUACAGACUAGUUACAAAGGGCUCUGUAGAGGAGGAGAUUAUAGAAAGGGCAAAGAAGAAAAUGGUGCUAGACCACCUUGUUAUUCAAAGAAUGGACACUACAGGAAAGACGGUGUUGCACACUGGCUCUGCCCCCUCCAGUUCAACCCCUUUUAACAAGGAGGAACUGUCUGCAAUCCUAAAAUUUGGUGCUGAGGAACUUUUCAAAGAGCCUGAAGGAGAGGAACAGGAACCUCAGGAAAUGGACAUUGAUGAAAUUCUCAAGAGGGCUGAGACCAGAGAAAAUGACCCGGGGCCGUCAACUGUUGGUGAAGAAUUGUUGUCACAGUUCAAGGUUGCCAACUUCUCCAUGAUGGACGAUGAGGAGCUAGACAUUGACUCUGAGCGGAGCCAGCGCAGUUGGGAUGACAUUAUCCCAGAGGAGCAGAGGAGGAGGAUGGAGGAAGAGGAAAGACAGAAGGAGCUGGAGGAGAUCUACAUGUUGCCACGAAUGAGAAACUGUGCCAAACAGAUAAGCUUUAACGCUAAUAUGGGUCGGAGCAGGAACAGACGGUAUUCUGGGUCAGAUAGUGACUCCAACUCAGAUCGAAAGAGGCCAAAGAAACGAGGUCGUCCUCGAACCAUUCCACGUGAAAAUAUAAAAGGCUUCACAGAUGCUGAGAUCAGGAGAUUUGUAAAGAGUUACAAGAAAUUUGGUGGACCACUUGAACGAUUGGAUGCUAUAGCUCGAGAUGCUGAACUUGUGGAUAAAUCAGAACAUGAUUUAAAACGCUUGGCUGAGACAGUUCACAACGGCUGUCUACGAACACUACGAGAAAACCCAUGUGGACCAGAAAAAAAUUCUGGUGGCAGAAGAGGAAAAGUGAAAGGCCCUACGUUCAGGAUAUCUGGUGUCCAGGUUAAUGCCAAACUUGUUAUAUCCCAUGAAGAAGAGCUGGCACCGCUCCACAAGGCCAUUCCAGCUGAUCCAGAGGAGAGGAAGAAAUAUAUAAUUCCAUGCCACUCAAAGGCUGCACACUUCGACAUUGAGUGGGGUAAAGAAGAUGAUUCUAGCCUCCUCAUUGGUAUCUAUGAGUAUGGAUAUGGAAGUUGGGAGAUGAUUAAGAUGGACCCUGACUUGAAUCUCACCCACAAGCUCUUACCAGACGACCCUGACAAGAAACCUCAAGCUAAACAAUUACAGACCCGAGCAGACUACCUCAUAAAGUUACUGAGUAAAGACCUGGCCAAAAAGGAAGCUCAAAAAUCACAAUCAUCUGCCAAUUCGCGCAAAAGAAAACCCAGAAACAAAAAAAACAAAACAGUUAAGCCUGACAAAUCAGAAGAAGUAAAGAGUCCAUCUUCAGACCCUCCUUCAGACAAGAUGUCGGACGAUGAGGAGGACAUCGAAGAGGAAAAGGACGUUGUUCCAGUGAAACCCCAAAGCCGGCGGAGCCGAGCUGAACGAGUGGUAGUGAAAAAGGAGGAGGAGGAGGAUGAAGAAGAGGAGGAAGAUGAGCAGGACGAAGAGGAAGAUAAUUCUUCUUCAGGAGAGAAAGAAGUCAAAGACAAGGAAAUCAAGAAAGAAAUCAAAAAAGAGAAAAGGGAUGACAGCUGGGACACAAAAGAAAAGGAGCAGAAGGAGAAGAAGGAUACAAAGCCCCCAGAGCCUGCUCACAAACAAGAGGAGCUGGUUGAAAAGAAUGAAAUAAAAAAUGAGACCAGAGAGCGGGCGAAGAAGCUCUCUGACACGCCGCUCCACAUAACAGCGUGUGGUGAACCUGUGCCAGUGUUUGAGGAAUCCGAGGAGCUGGACCAGAAGACCUUUAGUGUGUGUAAAGAGAGAAUGCGCCCAGUGAAAGCCGCUCUAAAGCAGCUGGACCGACCAGAGAAAGGACUGUCUGAGCGUGAGCAGCUUGAACACACGCGCCAGUGUCUCAUCAAAAUUGGAGACCAUAUCACAGAAUGUCUGAAGGAGUACUCCAACCCUGACCUCAUUAAACAGUGGAGAAAGAACCUGUGGAUAUUCGUUUCUAAAUUCACUGAGUUUGAUGCAAGGAAACUCCAUAAACUUUACAAGCAUGCCAUCAAGAAAAGACAAGAAAAUGCACAGGCAAUGGAGCAAAACACUAGAGGUUCAAACACACAGUCAAGUUUCAAGCAUGCAGACAUUGAAAGGCUGAAAGACAAUUCUCACCACGACGACAGUAGUCGGGACAGCUAUAGCUCGGACAGAAAUGCUUCUUCUGGACGGUAUCAUGACAGCAACAAGGAGAGGCAAAGUUCAGAGUCCCAUCGAAAGUCAUCAUCAGGGGAGUCCAGGAAAAGACCUUAUUCAUCCUUCAGCAAUGGCAAAGACCACAGAGACAGAGACCACUACAGACCAGACAGCAGGGACCGGGACAGGCAGGACAGGUAUUACAGUGACAGUAAACACAGGAAGCUGGAUGACUACCGUUCAAGAGACCAUCGACUGGAUAUGAAAGAUCAUUCCCACCUGGACCACCGCUCGUACCGAUACCACUCAGAGCGACCGUCAGAGCGGGCUUCAGCCAGCGGGCCACGCUCCCCACGGGACCAGCGCUCACCCUAUGACUCCCGCUCGCCACUGGGACACCGCUCACCUUUUGAUUAUUCAUCAGACCACAAAAGCACACCAGAACAGAUCUGGAGCAGCCGCAAAACAUAACACAAACUUCAAAGGCCUGCUUGUAGCAGCCAUAGACUCAUCUACACAGUAAUGCCUUACAGGGACUGUACUCAGACCAGCAGCUGGAGCAGGUGAAGCACUGUGCAUCAGUCACAUCUCGGGCUGUUCUUACCGAAGAUGGAUCAUGAGCCGUGGGUGAGACCAGGCAGCAGACACAAAUCAAAGCAUAUUUUUGUAUUUAAGAAUUUAAGCUGCAGUGCUGUGUGGACUUGGCAGCACACAGCACAAGUUUAGUUAUUUUUAUAAUGUUUUUACUUUUGGAAAUGGACAAUGAUGACCCUGAGUGCUGCCUCAUGUUCACACCGUGACACUGGAUCCUGUAUUUGACUGUUCUGUGUGUUUGUCUGUCCCUGUUCCUCCUUAUCAUGCCUAAUGUGGUGAUCUACCUUUUAUUUAAGUGUUAAAGCAGUGAGAAGUCCAUAGUCCCACCAAUCACAUCACAGGUCAAUAGAAACCUGUCUGGUUGAAUCCAGUCUGGGCUCAGGCUCACCACCUGAAGUACCUCAUUUUCAAGCAUUUCUCAUCUGUAUCAGGUUUUUCAAUUCCCAUCAUGCGUGAAUUAUUUAACAUAUCUUAGCUGUAAAAAUAAUUUGGGUUUGUUAUUUUUCAUGUAAGCAACUUGUAUCAUGUUUUUCUUUACAGUAAUAAUGUUUGUAAAUUUUUGUAAAAUAGUAAAUCAGUGGUCUUUUUCCUCAGGCUUUUUUGGAUUUAUUAUGACUCAACCUUUCCCCAUCAACUCAGGCUUUUUGUCAUUUGAGUGAGUAUCUGUACAGUAGUUUCAUAAUGCUUUCAGAAUGUAACUUGGUAAAGGGAAAGUUUAACAUUCACUUUUGUUGAUUAGUUAUUAGUAUAAUUUUGUCUGAUUAUGUAGAAAUAAUUUGGUUUAAAGAGAUGUUUCACCUAGGAACACCUACUAGAUGGACUAAGACUUUAUACUUUUCUUUUUUUAUUUCUGAGUAGGCAAUAAUGUUGAUGUUCUAUGCAGCCAAGUAUUUUUGUAGUGAACCACCAACUGAAUGAAGUCACUGUUCCGGUUCACUCGGUUGUACAUAAAGUUCUUCUAUAUUUCAAACUGAAUUUACACUGAAAGUGCAUGAAUUUUUAUGAAUUGUUUUAUAUAGUUGUUUAUGAAGCCAUUAAAAUGAUCACUGUACUCACUCACA